GUAACCCCCCCAGUAGGUGGGUGGCUGGAGCAGAAGCAGGAGCUGGAGCAGCGCAGGUGACGCAGUUUCCCUCCCCGAGCAUCCCGCGACCUGAGCGGGGAUGAGGAGCCGCUGCGCCGCGCUGCUCGGGCCUGCUGUUUGAGCCGCUCUUAUUGCAAUGUGUGUGUUUGAGGGGUUAUAAGCGGCUGCUGUGUGUGUUUAGGUUGUGUGUGUGUGUGUGUCCUCCAUGGUAUGGCGGCGUGUUCUCCAUCACACCCUGCGCGGCGGCAGCGGGGCGAUGCUAGCUGGCUGCUGCUGCCGCUGAGGCGCCACGCAGCUCGGCUGCGGUAUUAACGCUUCACCCGCUCUCUCUCUCUCUCUGUCUCCUUUCGCCGGCCUCGUACCUUCAGAGCACUGUCGCCUGAUGAAUCUGACUGGGCGGAAAGAUGCAUCAUCAUGCUGGUAGACAAGCUAAGAGAUCUGGGUUUGUCCGCAUUGCCGUCUACGGCCCUUUUCUCAUCAUAUUCAGCACCGCCGUCCCUCCUCAGCAGCAGCUGGUCUCCGCCUCCUCAGACCCUACAAUAGUAGAGCAGUUUUGCAGAGAUCCAGGAGUUCCAGAUCAUGGACGCAGGACACCAAGUACUGGUGUGUUCUUCGAGAACUCAGUGGCCAGAUUCUCUUGUAUGGAGGGGUACAGAGUAAAGGGGCCUGCGAAGAUUAUUUGUACACGUUUCCAGAAUGAAUCGGUGGGAUGGAGACCAAGCCUUAAACCAGUGUGCCUUCCAGACUGUCUUCCUCCAUACAUUGAGGAUGCUGAUGUUGUUAAUAAGACAUACAGGCCCGGGGAUAGCCUUGAUGUCAGCUGCCAUGAGGGAUUUCAGAUACGAUAUCCUGAUAUGGAUAAUAUGGAAUCGGUUUGCCAGGAGGACGGAACAUGGGACAACCAGCCCAUCUGUCAAGGCUGUUUGCGGCCUUUGAUUCCUCCUCACAGUUACAUGAACAUCUCAGAGACAGAGUUUUCUGUGCCAGUUGGAACAGUGGUGCACUACCAGUGCUACCCUGGUUAUAAGUUGGAGGGGGCAGAAUUACUGGAAUGCAUGUACAACCUCAUCUGGUCAGACGUGCCACCCCGGUGCCUUGAUGUUGAAGUAUGUCCCUUACCUCCAAUGGUAGAACAUGGAGAUUACGUGUGCCAUCCACACCCAUGUAAUCGCUAUAUCCAUGGAACCGUGGUAGAGUUCUACUGUGAUCCUGGAUAUCAUCUAGCCGACGAUUACAAAUACAUCACCUGUCAGUAUGGGCUGUGGUUCCCACCAAUGCAGAUCUACUGCAUUCAGGAUGAGACCACCUACCCAGGAUUCCAGGACUCCUUACUGACCACAUGGAAAGUGGUGUCAUUCACUGCGUCCGGUGUGCUGUUAGCCCUGCUCCUGGUGGUCGUGGCGAAGGUGUUUCAUUUUAAAUUCAGGACCCAUCAAAACUCAAGUGAAGAGCAAGCAGAAAACAGAGGUCCAAAUGUCUUAGUAGUGGAUGGAGUUGCUGUAUGUCUGCCCUCCUACGAGGAGGCAGUAGGCAGCGCCAGUUACCAGCCGCCGCCAAUGAUGCCCCCUGCUGGCCUGGGAAGUGCACAGCUCUCUGAGGAUCAGGAUCCCCCUUCAUAUCCAGGGCACACAGAAAGUCAGAAUGGGGCUCCACUGGACACUGGAGAGGGAGAAACAUGUGACAGCAUCUCAGACACUUCAGAGUGUCUUCCAGCUGCACAUCCAUCUUCUUCACAUGCUGUAGGACUGAGUAACAUGUCUGAGAAGACCAACGUGAUCACCUCGAUGGAGGACACCGCCUCCACAAGUCCCAGUAUAGAUAUAGCAGAUGAAAUUCCACUUGUGGAAGGUGGAGAGGAGGACUGCUGAUACUGUAGAUAUCCAUCAUUGAUUUUUCUCACUGCUGUCAUCAAGUCUUUCUGCACUUUCUGGAUUUAUUUCGUAAAUUAAUUUAACACAGGUUUGUUUAUUUCACAGAAUGGUUGAUAUUUAAGCUCGAGCACACUAUACACAAGCAGGGCAAUGCAGGCAAUAAGAGUUAUUUGUAAUUUCUCAUGAUUUGAUCAUGGGGAACAACUAUGCAUUAACUAAAGAAUCUGUUCCAGUGUGAAAAGCUCCCCAUCUUUCAACAAUACAGCAGUUACCAAAGGGACAAUGACAAUUUACAUCACCUUCAAACUGAAUCAUGCUUUUAUUGGUUAACUCCAUCUGGCUAUUCUUGAAAUGCUUUACAAAACGCACAGCGACAUGCAUAACACUGCUUUUAAGUUAUGUUCAGAUUGCAUUAAAUACCAUUUACAAAUAUUUUACAAUUGUAAUUAAAGCAUCAGAUUUCCCCAAUUUAUGUAUUGCUGAUUAAUCCAGAAAUGAUCAUAAUAAAAAAAUUAAAAAUCGGCUUUCUGAAA